AUGUCCAAAGAAAUUAGUCGAAUAUCGUUCGUCACGAUUGUCGACGAAAUACAUCAGGCCUAUGAGAGAAUGAGAGAUUUAUACAAAUUCGCGGAGUACAAUCGACAAAUAUGUAAUUAUUUGAUAAGUAGGGUUGACUCUGUCAAGUUUAAAUUGCAAAAUAUGUUGAGUAUUCGAAUAAAUGAAGAUAAUGAAUCUUAUGAAAAUGUGAAAUUUUAUAGUCAUGAGAAUUAUUUAACAAUGCAGCAACUUUUGAGUAAUAUUCAUGAUAUGGAAAAAUUCAUUGAUGAACUGUCACAUUUAAGAACUUAUUUUACGGGAAAAUCAAUUGAGACCGCUUUUUAUGAGUUAACAAAAAAGUUUGACACGUAUGUAAAAGCCUUGAAUGUUAAGAUAGAUGUGGACGUUAAUUCUGAAUCUGUAUCAUUAAAGAUGGAUAUUAAUAAUUUUGAAAAGUAUAUUUCUAAAAUAAUAUCAUUGAUUAAUGCCCUUCAUGAGAAUAACACUUUAAUCGAUUUAAGUUUGCACUAUCAACUAUGGCAAGAUUUUUUCGACAAUCCUUUAAGGGUUAACUAUGACAUCAAUAUAAAUGGCCAAAAGAAAGUAAACAUGUCAGGUUUAAAUAUUUAUUAUGAAGUAGAAGGUAACAGACAAUCUGAUAUUGAAUUAUUGGAAUUAUUACAGUUGCACGAAGAAGAAAUUUUUAAUAUUCUUCCAACCAGUGCGGUUGGAAUAGGGAUUACCUUUGUAAAGUCAUAUCCGGAGCCAUCCAUCAUUCUCUAUGUCAAUGAAUUACCCGAACUCUCCGAACAAACCAUUGAAAAUUUUUUUGAAAUAUUACGACCACCAGAAGAUAUUGUCAUUUGUCAAUUACUUGAAGAUGAUCUCUAUAAGCCAAAUUGCGGUGCAGAACAUAUGAUCAGUCACAAUCAUGAAAAUAAUAAGGGCAAGGGUGUCACUAAAAGUAAUGAUAAUGAUAGUCAUAGAAAUUCUGAGGAUGAAGAUGAUAAAGAAAAUGUUUCCGAUGGAAGUAAAAGAGUAAAUAGAAGUAAUGAAAAUGAUCCUAAUGAAAGUAAAGGAGAAAACAGAGAUAUCGAACAUAAUAGUGAUAAUAAAGAUGAUCCUAACAAAAGAAAGAAAGGUAAUGAUGAAGAGAAUGACAAGAGCAGUGGAUUAAAUAAAAAUAACAAAGGCAAGGGAAAAGGUGGUGGAGAUGACGGAGAUGACGGAGAUGACCCGAAUGACACGAAUAUUACAAUGUCAUACGGAAUUAUUGAUGCAAAUGCUUCUGCUAAUAUUACGUCUAGUAAUGACAGUAAUCCAAUUGGUCAGGUAGUUACUAUACAUUUUAUGUUGAGUAUGUGGCACCCGGGGAAUAAAGACAACAAGUUAGAAUUUGAAAUCUCCAAAAUAAACUUUUCAGGAGGUGAGAUGUUAUCUGAUCAAUUUAAAGAGAUAAAGGGCGAAGGAUAUUACCCCAUUGAAGCCAAAAUUAACUUCAAAGCCUAUCAUAACUGUCAGCAAGAUAAUAAUUCUGUCUUAAUUACUGUUGAAGAAUCCUUUCCAUAUAGUGAAAUGGAAGAUGUGCAGGUUUCUUUGACAAAAGCAAAAGGUUUGUCAAUGGGAAUUGAUGGUUUUAACCCUACAUCCAUUUUAAACUUAAAUCGAGAACAAACAGUAAGCGAAAAAGUUUCUUUUAUCUCUAUCAGUAAUCCUAAUCGAGGAUUCAGAGAGAUUACAUGGAAACAUCGCAUAAGAAAUGAGGAAAAGAAGAUUCCCGAUUACUCGCAAGUACCAGUACACAAAGCCCGCUUUGGAUACGCAAAAGAGCUUGUAAAAGAAUUCGAAAUCAAGACGGUAUUAACUUUGGAAUUUAAGAAAAAAUGGUAUUCGAAGGAAUUGAAGUUACGUCGGUCUCGUGUGAGCAAACUCCCUGCAAAAUUACGAUUUUCACUUUCUAUAAUAAUUGAAGAAAAAAAAAUUCAAGGCAUUUUUGAAAAAAGGAAACUGAUUGACUGCAACCAUCCUAAAAUUUUGCCUGCUAAUAUGAAUAAUAAAUUUAAAGAUUCCUCAAGAUAUGAUUUUAUAGAAGAAUCUUUAGAGGAGAAAAAGCAAAAAUUAGAAGAGAUUAGGGUUUUUUCUUUGCAAGAGAUCGAACAAACAAAACAAUGA